UCUCUGUGCCAACUCUUUUACUGCACUCAGAAGCAUCUCCUUCCUCCUGCCUCUCUCCCAACCUCCUCCUGUGACUUCUCCUCUUCCUCUCCCUUCUCCUUCCUAUUCUGCCACCUACCAUUGAUAACUCCAUCUCUCCCUCUCUCCGCCCUCGCUUCCAUGCCCAUUCCCAUCCGCUUCUACAAAUCCAAGGCGCCACCACCUUUCCUCCAAGGUCAGGGGCAGCACUAGGGUUUCAGGGCAGGAGCCUCUGCGAACCGAGGAAGAUCCAUUGCGGCUUAGAUCUGAGCCUCCGUGGCUUUACGACUUCUCGGCUCGUCUUCUCUUGGGCUCCCGCUGUUAAUUGGAUCUGGUGAACUGAGGCAAAUGGUGCCGCAGUAGCUUCUUGUGGCGUCUCUUGACGUAGAUUCUUCGCUUUACUGAGUGUCGGACUGUAUUGGACGUAGUUCGACGGGAUUUUGUGGAACAGGUGAGGUAACCGUGGAAAGAUUCGAUUUUGGCGGAGAUCUGGAAAUUCAAGGAGAUUUGCUGAUAGAAGUAUGUCGUCUCUGAAGGAACAUUUAUAUGAUAAAACUUUUCUUUUUGGACUUAAGCUAUGGGUUGUAAUUGGGAUAGUGGUUGGGGUGUCCAUAUUGGGUGUUCUUUCGAUAUUAGUUAUAUGUCUUAAUGCUAGGAGUCAGAGGAGGUUGCGAAGGUCUUCCAACAAUCUUCCACUCACCCAGAUACCAGCAAUUUCAAAGGAAAUUAAAGAGGUGAGAGUGGAACAAGUACCAGCUAAUGAGUUCGUUGCACGUGAUGGGGUUCUUCUUACACUUCAUGACAAAUCAAAUGAAAAAGUGUCAGAUAAGGUUAUGGUCCAUUUGGGAUUUGGCAAAUCAAGGCAUGCAGAUGAAAAAAGUCAGUCAGGCUCUUUUCAUUACAUAGAUAAAGAUGGUAGUUGCCAUUCUGGUGAUGAAGGAAGUUCAGGCAUAGUUGCCACACGGAGACAAUCUUCGUACCCUAUAACUGCUCCGUCACCUUUGACAGGUCUCCCAGAGUUUUCUUACCUUGGUUGGGGUCAUUGGUUUACCUUGAGGGACUUGGAAGUUGCGACCAAUCGAUUUUCAAAGGAAAAUGUACUAGGGGAGGGUGGUUAUGGUGUUGUGUAUCGAGGACAACUCAUCAAUGGCACUCCAGUAGCUGUUAAGAAGCUUCUCAAUAAUCUAGGUCAAGCAGAGAAGGAAUUCAGAGUGGAAGUGGAGGCCAUUGGUCAUGUUCGUCACAAGAAUCUAGUCCGUCUGCUUGGAUAUUGUGUUGAGGGUACUCAAAGGAUGCUAGUUUAUGAGUAUGUGAACAACGGAAAUUUAGAGCAGUGGCUUCAUGGAGCUAUGCGUCAGCAAGGUUCUCUCACUUGGGCGGCUCGUAUAAAGGUUCUUUUGGGCACUGCAAAAGCUCUUGCUUAUUUACACGAGGCAAUUGAGCCAAAGGUGGUGCACCGAGACAUCAAAUCCAGUAACAUAUUGAUUGAUGAUGAAUUCAAUGCUAAAGUAUCUGAUUUUGGUUUGGCCAAGCUGUUGGGGGCUGGCAAAAGUCAUAUCACUACUCGAGUUAUGGGUACCUUUGGGUUAGUACUCUAUACUCUUUUCUGCCAAAAUAAAAUGUUAAUGAAUAGGUCUUUUCAUGAACUAGCAUUAUGGACUUUUCUUGUUUGCAGUUAUGUGGCUCCUGAAUAUGCUAAUACUGGGCUUUUAAAUGAAAAGAGUGAUGUAUACAGUUUUGGUGUUGUUCUUCUGGAAGCGAUUACAGGGAGAGAUCCUGUUGAUUAUGGACGCCCAGCAAAUGAGGUAAAUCUUGUUGACUGGCUCAAAAUGAUGGUUGGGAGUAGGCGUUCAGAAGAAGUUGUAGAUCCAAAUAUAGAGGCAAAACCAUCAACGAAAGCACUUAAACGUGCUCUUUUGACAGCUUUGCGGUGUGUUGAUCCUGAUUCAGAGAAGAGACCAAAGAUGGGUCAGGUUGUCCGAAUGUUGGACUCCGAUGAGCCAAUACCACGUGAGGACCGAAGACAUCGUCGAAACUGCGCAGGAAACACAGAGAUCGAUUCUCAGAGGGACAGCUCCGACACCGAUAAAAGUGACAACCCAGAUUCUAGAUACAGCAGUCGAAAGAAUCGACCGGCUUCGAGCAAAUGAAGUUUUCAAAAUCCAAGACGAUGUCGUCUUCUGCUUCAUUUGUUUCAUUCUUUAAACCGGCUGCUUCCCUAUGCUGCAACAACUGAUAUUUACUACAUUAAUCAUCUCUUUAGACUACCACGGAUGGAGUUCGAAUCAAGCAGCUGGAUUAAGGAAAUGUUUUCUUACCAUAUUUUAUAUUUUUCAUGGACAAUUAUUUCGGCAGAUGCUUGUACUUAAAAAUAGUGUGUAAAUGCUUUUGGUUAUUUGAGAGAUGUGUUCCUCACCUACAAUAGGGAAA